CAACGCAACGCAUAGGAAUUAUAAUUGAAUAGAUGCAGUAUAAAUAUCCUUAGAGGCUUGAGAUCCUCACAGUUGAUUACUCACCGUACUGUACCUAGAUAAACAUGAAGACAAUCAUCGUAUUCAGCUUAGUGCUAGUAGCUCUGGCUUAUGCCAACGCAGCCAAAUACACCGACAAGUGGGACUAUAUCAACGUGGACGAAAUUCUAGAGUCACAACGUCUAUUGAAAGGCUACGUAGAUUGUCUGCUCGACCGCGGAAAAUGCACGUCCGACGGUAAAGCCCUAAAAGAUACUCUCCCUGAUGCGUUAGAGAAUGACUGCUCGAAUUGCACAGAUAAACAGAAAGAAGGAGCAGACAAAGUGCUUAAGCAUUUGAUCAACAAACGCCAGGAUCUAUGGAAGGAACUCGCCGUGAAAUACGACCCUAAGAACAUUUACCAGCAGAAGUACAAAACGAAGAUUGAGGCUGCUAAGCACGAAUAAGUGUCCUAGAUUUAACUAUUUGGCUUGAAGUAGAAGAUUCAAAGCUUUUAAGAAAGGUCCAGUAUUAUAGUACAAAACAAAUUUGAGUAGUAAAUAGAAGUCAUGAAAUGAUUUGAAGAUUAUUGUUAUGUAAAAAUAAAUAUUUGAAAUUUUAA